GCAGUGCUAGAACCUUUUCGGCUGCAAACGGAAAAAUAAAUCGUGAAAAUUGUGCGAGUGCCAGAAAAUAUUUGAAAAAAUAUCAUUGCUCCGUGAACGGAAAAUAAAUCAAAAGAAUUGGAAAUAAAAGUGCUGGAAAAUAUGUCGGGAGCUUUAAUGCUGUUUUUUGCCUUUUUGAUGGCUUUCAUUUCGAAUGGCGCCGCCAUCCAGUGCUUCGUCUGCGACUCGAGCGAUAAUCCCAGCUGCGCUGAUCUGAGUUCCAAUUCCACCAUAAUGCCGGAGGAAUGCACUUUGGACAAAAUGAAAUCACUGGACACCUGGCUUUUCGACCUCAACAAGUUCUCCUAUUUCGAUAAUGGAGCCAACAAGUUACCGCUCAUGAAUUGCCAAAAAGUGGUGGCCAAGGAUCCUGAAACCCGUAAGGUGGUAACUGCUCGCUUCUGCCAGCUGGACACUGGCGAUUCGGAUGCCUGCCAGAUCCUGCGAACCAAGCUGCGAAUCCCUAAUAAGGAGGAGAUAGAUCAACGGCAGCAGCGACGGAAGAACCAGGGACAUGGCCAGGAUGGGGCGGACGGCGAGGAGCCCUCGGCGGAGGAGGCCUUCUUCUGCGACAUCUGCAAGACGGAUCGCUGCAAUGGAGCUGCGGCCAUAACGCUGGCCCUGGGCUCCAUUCUGGCCAUGAUUGUGCUCCAAUUGGGCUGCUAAGGAGGAGGUUGGAUCGAUAUCCUUGGCUGCAUUUAGGUUGAGUUACCCUUAGCGUCACCCAGUUUACUUUGUAAAUAUUUGAGUGCCAUCGAGUCGCUCAUCCUCCACCCGAAAGAAAACACCCAAAACCCAGCCCUAGUAUCCCUCUAACCCGCCUGAAAAUCCACAACCUUUGAUCCUAGAAAUGUAAGCAAACAAAUACGAAACAUGCACAGAUAAAAAACAAACUAUAUAGAGAUGCUUUUCGGGUUCAUGUGUAAAGUCAAGUUAGAGUUCUAUAUAUAUAUAAAUACUCCCUAAAAACAUAUAUAUCAAGGAUCGAGGCGUAGCUUUAUUGUGUUAUUUAUUGAGCAAUACGUAUGGCCAUUUGCCAAUGGAUAAUUGUUAGGAGCGAUAAAGGUAUGAGAAUUCACUAAUUGCCUUUUAUUUUCAGCAAUAUUUUUAGGUAAUUUUAAAUGUGCACCAAAUUGUAUUUUGAGUUUAUAAAUUAACCAACAAAGCAGCAAGCAAAAACAAUCAAUUUUAUGGCGCGAAUUUAAACUAAAACCGAGUAAACCAACGCAAUAAAUGUUAAAGUAAUUGUGCAAUUAGAAACAGAAAAGAAAAGCAAUGGCAGAAAUGAAAUUAAUACAGAGCUUAAACCCGCCUAAACGCACUAAAUACAUAUAGUAAAAAUAUAGUACGCCCCGUCGAGCAAAUCAAUCAGUUCUGCUUAGUUCAUAAGUGAGUGUUGAAAUGAAAAUCGAAAACCAAAAACCAAAAACCAAAAACUUCAAAGAGCACAUAAAUAAAUGCUGUAUGACAGUAUAACAGAGUCGUUGGGUUUCUUCUUAUCAGUUUGUAUGGCAU